CUUGCAGCCUGUCUGGUGGGUGCUGCCGUGCUCCGCUGAUAGUAUUCAGGUUUUUCCAGUUGACUGGCUCCUGGUUUAAAGAGCAGCAGGACUGAGAGCUCUGCAGUCUGACCAGCAGCACCAGCAUGGCCUCCAACACCACCACCAUGGGGAACCUUCCCAGUAGGAUUGGAAUAUGUACAACCAUCCCUGACAUCCUCUACCUGCCAGAACUGAUUUUUGGCGGUCUGGUCUGGAUCCUAGUUGCAUGCACAUUGGUGGUCCCUCCAAACCCCCAGGGCUGGGUCAUGUUCGUGUCCGUCUUCUGCUUUCUCAUGACGUUUAUCUGGCUGGUAGUGUUUGCCUGUGGAGGACACAACAACAAGGGCAGCUGGGCUGCAGCAGACUUUGCCUAUCACGGCCUUGCCGCAUUCUUCUACCUCAGCGCUUCAGUAGCUUUGGCCAAAGUGACCCUGGAAAUGAGUGAAGGCACCAAUUUUCAAAACUACCAGCUGGACAUUUCUGCAGUGGUUUUCUCUUACAUUGCAACUCUCCUCUACUUCGUUCACACUAUCCUGUCUGCCAUCCGGUGGAAAUCCUUCUAGAAGUUCUGUCCCUGGAGCCUCAACAUGGAGAACUGUGGUGCUGUGACAUGAAGGGAGGGCUGCCCUGAUGAAUAUGAGGCUUCGAGCAGCUGGUGGAUCAUAAGAGCAGCGUUGUUGGUCUUACGCCAGCCAUGGAUGAACCGCACAUCAAACAGGAACAAUGUGAAUUCACUGUUCACACAAGUCUUCAACAACUUCUGGGAAUCAAAUAGACAUGUUUUUUUUUUAUCACUCACAGCCCCAGACCUUCUCACUCUGUUGGGUUAUUCAAUUCAAUUCAAUUCAAUUUUAUUUGUAUAGCACAUUUAAAAACAACUACAGUUGACCAAAGUGUUUCACAGAAUGACAAAAGUAAAAAAAUAAAUAAAUAAAAAUAAAAAGGCUCACAUAAAUAUAUUUAUUACACACAAAUCAGACACCAGGAUAGACUCCAGUUUAGCUAGUGUUGAAAGUCUGCGAGAAGAGGUGUGUUUUCAGUCUGGACUUAAACUGACCAACAGACUGGGAGGACCUGACAUCCAGGGGGGGCUGUUCCAGAGGGUGGGUGCAGCUACCCAGAAGGCUCUUUCACCUCUGGUUUUAGCCUGGUUUUAGGGACAACCAGCUGGAGCAGGUCAGCUGACCUCAAGUCUCUGGUUGU